UGGCAAAAUUUCGACAAUUGGAAGAGCAAUGAACCUCAAGUAAUCGAAUAUAGAAAAGUCGCAUACAGCGUCAAGAUUGGAAAUCAAUCACAACAUCAUUUACUGAUUUCAAGAGGAUAUGGCUUCCUUCGAAAUUCGGAUAAAAUCCCCAACAUAUAUGAAUACUGGCUGUACACCGAAAACACUAAUUCGUGGCAAAGAGUAAACAAUGGCGAUUUCCCAAGAACAUCGGGAGAUCCUGUCAUGGUUCAACUUUGCUCCAAAAUUUUUGCUUUUGAUUCCGAUCUGUUUAAUGGUUUGUAUUCCUCAAUCAAAGCGUGGUUAUUUGACACAGUCUUGCUCAACUGGAAAAAAACCAAAUUACACGGUGGCAUUGCUGAUUGGAUAGUGAAAUACCGCAUCAAAGUCUACCACGUAACGGCGUUUGCUGUUCAGCAGUCACAGACUAAUUGCCAAUGCAACCAGUCUGUUAUUAUCAUGGCCUUUGGAAACCCUCUUGACAUUAAUCUAAAAAAAACAAGAACAAUGUCUGAAGUGCGAUGUGUUAGUCGACAAGGCCAAGAAAGCUACAAGUGGGUUCCCUUAAAAUCUAACUUUUCAGAUACUUCAAACACUCAACUCAUGGCUUCCAUAUAUUCGAGCCUUGUCCUUUACGAUACCGUUGAAAAAGCUUUACGUAAGUUCGAAAAUGACGUAUGGACCACUGUCAGUACACUUCCCGUUCAUUUGCAACCAUUUCGAUACUUUCAGAGAUCCAACAUAUUCAGCUGUGCUGUUGCAACAAAUAGCUCUAGUUAUAUCGUUUUCAGCCUUCGUGACAGGAAAGUCCUCCAUUUUGACUUGAAACGGAAUAACUUUAUUAUUGAAAGUGUUGCAGGCGACAUUCCAGACGUUUGGAAUGACCAAAUAGUGUCCAGCAUUUUUGAAGAUCAGAAUAUCAUUAUCGUCUUCACAAUAAACCACCGUUCUAGCAAAACAAUAGUUUGGAAAUUUAAUCACGAAAGCAACGUUUGGUUUUGGAAAAGAUUGCCAGGUCCUGACAUCCUACCUUUCUCAUACGAUGACAGCGGAUCAACUUAUGAUAUAACAGGCAACUACUUAACAUUAUUGACAGACUUUCCCGAGACACCUACAGAUACACCUUCGUGGAGUAAAAUCAUAUGGAACUUAGAUUUAGCAAGUAUGCGGUGGUCCCUUAAAGUCAAAACACAAUUUCCCACUCAAAACAUGUACGUAGCUAGUUGCUGGAUCGAUAGUUGCUUUGUUGCACUUUCCUAUUACAAGGAAGGCAUCAAAACGUGGAUUUAUAAUGCAACUGACUACAAAUGGAGAUCAAUAUCAAAUUCACCAAUGAAAGUGGGUUAUUCAAUGUCUUUUAUAGCUGCUAAUGAAACCACUGCUAUCCUAUUUAGUGAUGAAACGUGGAUACUGCAACUUAAACCAGUGUUUCAGUGGAGGCAAGCUGCAAAAGACAUAGUCCAACCUAGCGCACGCUUUCAUCCCGCAGCAGUCAUGAUGCAAUCCAAAAUGUAUGUGUUUGGAGGACAAAAUGAUUCCGGCAAAUGUCUAAAUGAUCUCUGGGUGUUUGAAGUUGAAGUAGAAAGAUGGUCAGAACUGACAACAGACAACAAACGACCCAAUUUCUUGAAAGCUUCCCAGUGCCGUUAUUCUGCUGCUUCAACGCCAGGUCAACUGCUAAUCACUGUAGGAAUAUCCGGCAAAAAAAACAGAAUAUACGUAUUUUUCCAGAGCAGAAACAUGGAUGUUUAUUGUACACAUCAAAAUGUGGCAAUUGGUUACAUCGUUGCCUCUAACCCCCAGUACAUUCGGUCUCGUGGCUGCACAACAAUUGAAAUCUUUCUAUUGGAAAGGAUUUCUUCUCGUUUACAACUAUAUAGACAAGAAAAUCAAGUAUUUAGCAGUCAGAUGUCCAGCUGGAUUUACUUCACCCAACAUAUCCGACAAACCGUGCAAUUUCUGCAAAAAAGGAUAUUACAGAGAAACGGAAUUUGCUGAUCCAGACUGUAUUAAAUGCCCAAAUGGCCUACUGACUGUUAACAUCGGAGCUCGGAAAAUCGAAGAGUGUACUGUGUGCAACGUAGAUCAAUGCAUAUACGGCAAGUGCGUAGCUGAUUUUACCGAGGAAGGUCUAAGACCAGUCUGUCAAUGUUACGUUGGUUUCACUGGUUCUACAUGCCAAUAUCCCACCUACUUUCUCAUAGGAUCAGGAAUCAUUCUAUUUGUUGCGGUCACUUCCGCUGGCGUAACAGCUUAUCUUCUAGUUCUACACAGAAAGAAAGUAAGCGAACGUGAUUUACGAAGAGAAGUAGACGUGUUAACCAAUGCAUGGCAAAUACAUGAAGAUGAAGUGACGGCAAGAGAAAUACUAGGAACCGGUGCAUCUGGGUCUGUUUACAAAGCCUUCUAUAGAAAUAUCACUGUUGCUGUAAAGAAGAUGGUGGCUGUCGGUCUUCCUAAGUCUAUAGAAGACUUUGAAACAGAGAUAAUGUUUAUGAGAACUGUAAGACACAAGAAUAUUGUUCUCUUCAUUGGUGCAGGAAAGUCACAACCAGGUGACGUUCCUUUUCUUGUCAUGGAAUAUAUGGAGCGCGGAUCUCUAAAAAAUGUACUAUACGAUUUAUCGAUUGAUAUCGACUAUGAGCGUAAGCUAUCAUUUGCCAUGGAUUCAGCAAGAGGUAUGCAUUUUCUUCACACAUUGGAACCUCCUCGAAUACACCGAGAUCUGAAAAGUGAUAAUCUACUGGUAAGCAAAGACUGGAUUGUUAAAGUGGCUGAUUUCGGUUUAGGAAGAGACGUUACCGGUAACGUCACUAGAAAUGGACAAAAAAUGAGACGCAGACGUCCCUCAGAUCAAGAAUAUAUUUCUCUACUUCCCAAACGAAAUGGAUUGUCAUAUGCAGGUGUCGGAACAGAGAGAUGGCGAGCUCCAGAAUUGAGUCUUCGCGAACCCUAUGAUACCGCAGUAGACGUUUACAGUUUUGGAAUUGUGUUGUGGGAGAUCUGGACAAGAGAGCUUCCAUUCGAUCAAUACAGAUUUGACUAUCAAGUGAGUGAUGCCGUACUUAGAAAAGAAAGACCUGAAAUUCCUCGGGAUUGUCCACAGUCGUUAGCAAUGAUCAUGAAAAACUGCUGGUCACCCAGACCAUCAGACAGACUUUCGUUUGGCCAAGUUAUUUCGCAACUUGAAUAUCUAGAUACCAUCUAGACAGCUGUAUUGCAAUUAUUCAGAAACAGCAUGUUUUAUUGCUAGAAAAAAAUUUCAGUUAUGUGCUGUUACAAGUAGUCUACAGUUAGUGCAUUCUUGGAUGUAGUACAAAAAAAUGCUGUAGCU